AUGGCGUCUCCGCCGAGACCCCGCGGCCGUUCACCGGUUGGCAAGGGUGACGGCAAGAAGAAGACCGACGACUCCGGCAUCUCCGGCGCCAAGACCCCGGAGCGCACUCCUUCACCGGCCAGAUCUCCGCCUCGUCGAUCCCGCACGCGCGACGCACGCCGCUCGCGCACCCGCGACGCACGCCGUCCGCGGGAGGUCGUCGUCGAGCGCAUCAUCCGGGAAGGAAGCUCCGGCAACUGGCCGCAGCUCACCAAGACUAAUUACCAUGAAUGGGCGCUUCGCAUGCAACUGAAGAUGGAAGCGCGCCACCUGUGGGACGCCGUCGUUGACGACGACGCGGAGUACGGCGACGACCGCAACGCCCUCGACGCGAUCUGCAGCGGCGUUCCACCGGAGAUGGUCCCCGUCCUGGUGGCCAAGAACACGGCCAAGGAGGCCUGGGAGGCCAUCAAGACCUUCCGCAUCGGCGACGAUCGUGUGCGGAAAGCAACGGCGCAGAACCUCCGCGCCGAGUACGAGUCCAUCGCCCUCCGCGACGGUGAGCCCAUCGAGGACUUCGCCUUGCGCAUGACUGGCAUCGUGCAGCGCCUGGCGACGUUGGGCGAUCCGGAGCCCGACGAGAAGGUGGUGGCCAAGUAUCUGCGCGUCGUCCGCCCACGCUACAAGCAGUUGGUAAUCUCGAUUGAGACCCUUCUUGACAUUUCACAACUGUCCAUAGAGGAGGUCACAGGGAGAUUGAAGGCCGCCGACGACGUCGAGCCCGCUCCGCCGCAAACUGUGAGUGGAAAAUUGCUCCUCACUGAAGAGCAAUGGGUUGAGAAGUACAAGAGGAAGGACCAGGAGUCCCGCCGGGGCGGUUUCAGCUCCGGCAGUCGUGGCAAAUUCCGCGGCAGAGGCCGCGGCCGCGGCUCCAGCGGGUCAGGGAGCUCCGGCGGUUCCAGCUCUUCGCGCCCGCCGCCGGACGACCCCUGUCCGCGCUGUGGCAAAAAGGGCCACUGGGCCCGCGACUGCCGCAGCAAGAAGAAGGAGGAGCCGGCCCAACAGGCCCAUGUGGCCCAAGAAGAAGAGGCCACCCUGAUGCUUGCCAUCGGUGAGCGGGAACCAGAGCACGUCCAUGGUGGUGGCAACAGUCGAGCGCUCGGGCGCGGCCACGUGGCGGUGGAGAUAAGGGGGAGAGAGGGAGCGCGCAGUUUCGGGAGACUUCGGUGGGGUCCGAGGUGA